AUGCCUGGCUCAGUCCACUCCCAAGACCAAGACCAGUCCAUGAUGGACGCCGAACAACAAGUCGAGCAAGUCCCCCAGGAAGUCACCCUGGACGAGAAGCAGAUUGUCGUGCUCCCCGGCGCCACCGAGACCGCUGCUUCCUUCCAGUUCGAGGGCGAGGGUCACACUAUGGGUAAUGCGCUGCGCUAUGCCAUUAUGAAGAACCCCGCUGUCGAGUUCUGCGGAUAUACCAUUCCCCACCCCUCAGACCCGAAGAUGAACGUUCGUAUCCAGACUACCGACUCCACCACCGCACUCGAAGCUCUGGAGAAGGGUUUCAAUGACCUGAUGGACCUGUGCGAUGUAGUAACGGAGAAGUUCACAGCUGCCCGUGAUCAAUUCAACGAGGAGAGCGGAAACCGCAUGGAGGCGUGA